AUCCGGCUCGACCCGCUCCGAUGGUGCGUAACUUCAUCGUCUUUUUGUGACUUGCUUACGAGGUGUGCAAGCAGCAUCCUGUGCUUGAUGCCGUUGAAAUGCAUAUGACCGUGCCUCUGGACCGGUGGCCCAAAUAUGCCAUCAUGGGCACAGCAGAUUACAAGAGACGGCAGGAAUUUCUCAUGAGAGACCAUUUGAAGAAGCUUCCUGCGCCUGGAACAAUAGACACGUCUGCCAAGGAUUUGUUGCUGUCCACAACGUUCGCGCACAAGAUGGCGCAAAUACAGCACAUCAUACAGCGUCAGGGCUCGGCCGCGAAUGAUGACCCCCGUUACAUUUACCUUUAUGACGACAUGCGUUUCAAACGUGACAUCUUUUACUGGCGCAAUUUUCGUAUGAAUGACUUGCCACCCGAAAUCAUUACGCACAUCUUCCGCAUCGCUGCUUGGUCAACUAUUACCCCAGCUGAAGGCACGCACGUUCGCCUAUUGCUCACUUCGGCGUGCGCCAAAUGGCGCAGGUUGAUGAUCGAAGACUGCACCCUUUGGAGUGCUAUCUGGUUCCGAGAUCCUCCUCCGUAUGAACGGUCGCUGGAGUGGUUUAAGAGGGCAGGCGGUGCACCGUUGGACAUCCGCAUCAAUGAACAUGAUGCCGACUGGAAGUCCAAAGAUGAUGAUUGGAGGUACAAAGAGGACGAUCAUCGGUUUACUACCCAACAGAUGGAAGAGCUCAUGGACAAACUCUUCGCCAAACUCUCUCAGAUUCGCAUGCUUGUGCUUGUUGUCGACAACUGGCCCCCUGCACUCGUAGUUUUGGACAAGCUGCAGGAAGCAGCUUAUGCUGGGAAGGCCAUCAACAUGGAACGUUUAGAAAUCCAUAGGAUGGGACAACCUUUAGUAUGGCUCGGGCCAGGGCGUACACCUGCUGUGCUUUUCGGGGGCCAGACUCAGGCCUUGAAAUAUCUCUGCCUCGCCGGCGUUCACAUUGACUGGAACGCGACUCCCCUUAACAACCUGUCUACUAUUGACCUCAGGAAAAUUGCGAUGAAUGUUGCGCCAACAUUGGAUCGUUUUCGCGAGGUUCUCCUUGCUUGCCCUCGCUUGCAGAAGUUGUCUUUGGACGGCGCAGGCCCGCAACCCAGCGCUAGAAAAUCCGAUCACAUUCCAAUUGACCUUCCCCACCUGAAGGUUCUCGUUAUAGGCGGCUUCAGCAUGUUGUACUCGUGCUACAUUUUAUCUCAGUUCAAGGCACCUAACGUUCGCGACCUGACGUUGAUGAACCUGACAGGCGAAGAUUACACGACAAUGAUCAUUGCCAUAACUGGUCAGUACAGGGAGCUACGACUCCUGACGCUCUACACGGUCAACACUAGUCCCACAGAGGGGGGGACGAAGGCGAUGGUGAAGUUCCUAUACGCGAUGCCUUACCUCAGCUAUCUACGAAUCGCCUCAAUGAAGUGGCAUGUCAUAGAGGCAUUUAACGAAGACCCUCGAGAAUAUGGACUUGGGAGAGACACAAACCGUCUAGUUCUGUGUCCAAAACUUCAGACGAUAGAGUUCCAGCAAUUGUCUGGAACGAAGAUAGCGGAGUGGGCGGCUAGGAGGAGGGAGCUAGGCGCCCCGCUGAGAAGGGCUUAUGUGAAUUCUCCAUAUGUCAGCCAGGUAACUGCGGAGGAAGCGGAGAUGAUCCAACAGGUCGUGGGUCUGUUCAUCGCACCUCUGGGGUCCACUACCCCCGAGGAGAGGGCAUUGGCGACUUGCGACCGUUAUGGAGAGACGAUCUAGAGGGGAAAAUCCGUACCUAUUGGAAUGAUAUAUUCUAACGACAUGCAUAGGAAACAUCUGUAUACCAUAAUUUACCAAUUUCUGCAUUACUCACUAUCGCAAUUUAUCAUCUCAUUCAUCUCAAG